AUGAUUAACAAGCUAAACACGCAGACCAUUCACGACGAUAAUGAAUUUGAUCACCGAGGGAUUAUAGUUGUGUCGUUCCGAGGUCAAGCACGACACAAGUUACAUCCGGUAUUAAGCUCCAGAAAAAAAUAUAGAGAUUUUUACACGUAUUACAAAAAAGAAAAAAAAGCUUUCUUCUCUCUCUGCCACGUUCUACUUCUCUCUUAUUUUCUCUCUCCCUCUCAUAAUCAUCUGUCCUCUUUCCUUUUUUGUUCUCCGCCCUUUUGUUUCCUUUAUUCUGUUUCCCUCUCUAAUCCUCUCUCUAUUUCUCUUUCCUUCUCUUUUUUCUUGUCUUCUCUCCCCAUUCCCCUCUCUCUCUUUCUGUGCCCUUCUGUCUUCCUUUCUUUCUAUUCUUCACCUUUUUUGCCAUCUCUCUGUUUGCCGUCUAUUUCUCUCUUUCUAUCGCUCUGUCUUUCUCUCUUUCACUAUCUAUCUAUCUAUCUAUCUAUCUAUCUGCCUCACUUCGUUUAUUUUUAUUCUUCUCUCUUUUCUUUGCCCCCUCUCUCUUUCUUCGUGCAUUCCAUCUGUUUAUCUCUUUCUGUCGCGCGCUCUCACUCUCUCUACCUCUAUACCUUUCUAUCCUUCUCUUUUCUUCCUUAUUAUCCCACGCUCCCCCCCCCUCUCUCUCUAUUUCUCUCUAUAUAUCUAUCCCCCUCUGUAUAUAUUCUAUUCACCUCACUACUUUUCUAUCCUCCUCUUUCUUUCUGCUGCUCUCUCUCUCUCUCUCUCUCUCUCUCUCUCUUUCUCUCUUUGUCUGUUUCUUUCUUUCCACCUUUUGAUUCUCCCAUUUUCUCCCAUUCUCAUCCUCGUGGCCGUAAUUAA